UGUGUUUAAAGCUUUAUGUGUUAUGCAAAAGCCUGUGAUCUUGCCCUAAUGGUAAUGCAGUUAACAAUACACGGUUUGUUUCGAUUUAUACACGUGGGAAGUGACAAACACUGUAAUAUUUUCAUAUUUUGUUCAAAAUGAAACCAAAAAGGAAAAGGCAGAAUGAUGAUAAUUAUGAAUACGAUCCUGUUUCUAAACAUUUGCAAGUAAAACAUAUUAAGAAUCAAGAGAAGCGUCUUAUUGUUAUAUUGGAAUAUGCUCAACUAGAAUCUGUGAAGAAUGGAAAUAAUUUUGAGCUGUUGAAUUGUGAUGAUCAUACAGCUAUUUUAAAGAAAUACAAUCGUGAUCCAGGAUCAUGUAGGCCAGAUAUUACUCAUCAGUGUCUGCUAAUGUUAAUGGAUAGUCCAUUAAAUAGAGCAGGAUUGUUACAAGUAUAUAUUCAUACAGAGAAAAAUGUAUUGAUAGAAAUUAAUCCACAAACCAGGAUACCAAGGACUUUCAAACGUUUUGCUGGAUUAAUAGUACAAUUAUUACACAAAUAUAAUAUUAGAGCAUCUGAUGGACCAAUGAAACUACUGAAAGUAAUUAAGAAUCCUGUAUCUGAUCAUUUGCCAGUUGGUUGUCGCAAAAUUCUGAUGUCAUUUAGCUCUAACAAAGUACAAAAUCCACGAGAACUUGUGCCUUCUGAAGAACCAAUUGCUAUUGUAAUUGGAGCUAUGGCACAUGGCCAAGUUAAAACAGAUUAUACAGAAGAUAUUAUUGCAAUUAGUAAAUAUCCUCUCUCAGCUGCUAUCACAUGUAGUAAAUUAUGUACAGCAUUUGAAGAAGUUUGGGGAAUUAUUUAAUAAAAAUCUGUGUAAAUUAUCAUGUAUGUAAUAUACACAUACACCAUCCACCUGCAACAAUAUCAGAGUCCUAUGACAUGGUCCUGAUAAAUGUUCAAGUGGACAAAUCUUUAAAAUAGAAGAAAGAACUACUUAAAUCUUUUCAGAUUUUAUUCUUAAAAUCGCAAAAUAUUCAGAUAUA